AUGGAUGCUGCACACGGUUCUCAAGACAAGAGUUCGCAGCAGAAGAGUCUAGGCUUGCACAAGUCGACCGAAGCUGUGUACAAGAUUGCAGCAGCAGACGCAGAGGAGGUGGUGGCUCGGGGAUUGCUGGAGAGCCUCCGAGCCGAAGUCCAGGCUUGGAAAUCUUCCAUAGCUGAGGCUCGGGGGUCAGAGGGCUUCCGGAAGCUGAAGAGGGCGCGUGAAGAGCUGGAUAAUGCGGAGGGCGAUGCGGAAUUUGCGGUUUUCCAGGUGAAGGAAGGCGAAAAAGACCUGGCACAGGCAGAAGCUAAGCUGGCGGACGCACGGGAGAUGGCCGACGAACAGACGAGGAUUCUGAGUGAAGCAAAUGAAGAUAUGCGCCUCGCCAUGAGUGCUGAGUCUGCGGCUCGGACCUUGGGAGCAAGGAUGCAGCGGGAGGAGGCUGAAGUAGUGAAGGCCCAGGCAGGGAGAGUGGCAGGAGCAAUGAGCAGGAAGGUGAAGAAAGCUGAGACGUUGGUCUUGACGAGAAGGCAAGAGUUGCAAGUUGCGAUGGUGGAAAGGGAGAAGGCGGCAAGGAAGGUUGCAGGGUUGAAAUCCCGUGUGAAGGAGCUGCAGGAGAGGUAUGGCACACAGUCAGAUAAGGCCCUCCUUAGCGGGGAUGAACGGAGGGGGCAGGCACAGGAAGCGGGGUAG